AAAAUUCCAAAAUGUUCCAGUCAACCCCAAAAUCCAGUCAAUUUUCUUCUAAAAUUUCUAAACCAGAACUAGAAAGUCUCCUCUUUAAGACUGGAAUCUGUGUUAAGAAGUACGAACAGAUUGUGGGAGAGUUAAAGGAGGGCAUUCAAGAGGUUUUAGAAAACAAAGAUAAGCAACAAGCCUGAGUCCUGAUGAGGAAGAUUAAGACUUGUUAUCAAGAAAUCUGUGAAUUUGAUGGAAUCAGGCUGCAUUUGGAUUCUAUGUUGCUCGAUCUUGAGAGUGGCACGAUGGGGCCUGAUUUAUACAAUGCAAUUAAAGCAGGACAAAAAAAGUUAGCACAAAUUGUAAAAUUUACCAAAAUAGAAGAAAUUUUGUCGAAAAUUGAAGCUACAGACUCAAGAAUUGAACAAAUUGAAAAAUUAUCUCAAGAUUUUGUAGAAGAGGAUAUUUCUAAUUGUGAUGAUAUUUUUGCUGAACUCCAAGAAGAACUAGAAAUUGCUACCCCUUGCAACUGUUUUCAUUUAAAUCAAUCUAGAGUAGACGAAUCUUUGGCCGACAGAAUUCCAAAGAAUAAGCAGCAACAAAAAGAGGCAGAGAUGGCUCAAGAAGAGGAAGAUCUCCUAUCUGAACUCAACUAGAAGCCCUAGCUGAGUUUCUGAUCCUGC